AUGUAUUCUUUAGUCCCUAUUCCCGCUCGUAUUAUCAACACACAGGAGAAACCUUCUGGGCCGCUCAUCUCUAAUGGCUGUUGUCGGUUCAUUGUCUCCAUUCUUCGGACGUACCCACGCAUGAUGACACGUCCGGGCAAUCUACCGCCCUUUGUGCACCCGAUCGGCUGUGGGCUUCACUUCGAUCAAGAGGAAUCACGGCGGGUUAAUUUUGAUAUGUCUGAUUCCACGGAAUUUGUGCCACUGAAACCAUUGGCAGCCUGCCAUAGCAUAGCUCAGAUGUUCGUCUCGCGGAACUCAAACUCAGAGGAGUUUAUAUGGAGAACUAUAGAGAGCGAGCACCGUCGGAUUAUGAACGAAGUAAGUAUUCCCGUUCCAGAACAUUCCCAUGAGCUGGCUCGUAUCCUUCUACCAUGCCGUUCUCGUUGGACACAAAUGCAUGAAUUCUCACGAGGCGAGAUAGUGGCAGCAAUACAAGCCAUGAUGAUUUAUACUAUAAUGCGCCUGGUCGACUCGGGCCGCGAAUAUUUUGUGUCUAAUCGAGACAUGUUUAAUGACAUGAAGAAACUCACAGAACGAUUUUCUCAACUCUUUCCGGGGCCUUUGAGUCCCACCCACGAGCGAAAAUCGCGACCUAGCUGGGAGGAAUGGAUCUUCGAAGAGACGCGCCGAAGGCUCUAUAUCGUGUGUUUCCUCAUAGCCCUUGUCGUGGGCACCGAAGGCUCGAAUGACAUCGAAACCCCGUUUUACCUUCCUUUGCCAGGCACCAAAACACUGUGGGAGGCGAGAAGCCAAUGGGUCUGGGAAAAGGAAUAUGGUGCGUCAUGGAAAGAUUUUAAGCCCGGAGAAUCUCGACUGGGCACGGUAGGUGAUCUCGCGAUCGCACGUCUGCAACAAAGGGGCGGAGCUAAUGCGACGGUGCGAGGGAAUCUCAAGGGUGCGCUUGAUGAGAUCCUCGACAAUUGGCAUGCGGACCUUGACGGACUAGGUAUGAUGCUUGCCGCAGUCGUAGCGGAUGUGUGA